AUGGUUUUUAAUUUUAUAAUUUUAUUUAAUUUAAUUAGAUUAAUGGUUGUUCGUAAACAUUAUUUAAUGACUUUAAUUGUGAUUGAAAUUAUUUUUAUUACUUUGAUAAAUUUAUUUUAUUAUUAUUUAAACUUUUAUUAUUUUGAGAAUAGUCUAGGUCUGGUUUAUUUAAUUAUAGGUGUAGUAGAUUCAAGAUUAGGUUUAUCUUUAUUGGUUUAUUUAGUUCGAAGGGUUAAUUUACCUUACAUUAGUAGUUUUAGAUUAUGUUAA